GUUUGAGGGCGGGUCGAGGAAGCGCGUCCUGGAUAAUUUGCUGACCACCCCUCAGAUGUUGACUUGAGAAGGGCAACAUUAGGAAUACAACAUGACAGAACGGGCAAACAACUUUCCUCCCCUGCCUAAAUUCCUAAAAGUGAGGCCAUGCUUUUAUCAGAAUAUCCAGGAGGAGAUUCCCGCUCCCCAUCAGCAGCUGGUGAAGAGAAUCUUCACACUUUGGAUGAUUUAUUCUGGGACGCUGUGCUUGAAUGUGAUUGGCUGCAUAGCGUGGUGGGCUGCGGGGGGUUACGGCUCCAACUUUGGAUUCUCGUUGCUCUGGCUCAUCCUCUUCAGCCCUGCCAGUUACCUCUGCUGGUUCAGACCCAUCUACAAAGCUAUCAGGGCGGAUAGCUCCUUCAACUUCAUGGCCUUCUUCUUCAUCUUCUUCCUUCAGGUGGUGGUGGCCGUCAUCCAAUGUUUAGGCAUCAACAACUGGGGCAUUUGUGGCUGGAUUGCUACGGUGACGUUUUUCAGUCACAACGCAGCCGCCGCCACAGUGAUGCUUCUCACCACGCUGCUCUUAACGUUAGUGACCACCUUAAUGGUGGUGGUGCUCAUCAAGGUUCACAGACUGUACCGUGGCAGUGGAGGCAGCAUGACGCGUGCUCAAGAAGAGUGGGGCACCGGCACAUGGAAGAAUGCGCCGGUGAGGAAGGAUGAGUUCAGCGCCGUCGACCAGACCGCUCAAGGCCCCAGCUUGCCGGAGUACCCUGCAGCAGUGCCCAGUUAUCUGGAUAACCGCAGUUGGUAAUAGUCCUGCACCACCCUCUUACCUGUGGAGGUGACUGGAACGCAAUAGAUGCAAGAAAUUUCAAAUCCACCCCAUGCAUCUUUGAUGGAGGACAGUAUUUUCUUUGUACACAUUUUUGGAACACAGUAAACCCUUGCGAAAAACUGCAAGUUCUUGUUGAACACCCCCCCCCAUCCCACAGUGGUGCAUUGUGAUACGAUUUGGUUUUGUGACCACGCUAGUAACGCAAAGCACUCUGAUCACAAAUCUUGUCCCAGCCUCUCAAAAUAAACAGAAAUGUUAGUAAUAUGAUUUUAAAAAGAAAAACAGCACUAUGAUAAAGUACUUAAUAAAAAACAUAAAGCAAUGACAAUGAACUAGAUUAUAUAGAUAUUAAACAUUUUUUGCCACAGUUUUUAUUUCACUUUAAUGGACAUUGUGCUGCCCCUUCUGGUGUGCUCACCUUGGCCACCUGGGAGCAGUAUAGUAUAGACAUACGUAUAUAGGGCACUGCACAUGGAGACUGUGUCAGCUGCUCAGUAAGCCACAGUAAUAUUAGUCAUUCUACUGUUAGGAUAAAGAAUAUAUGGCUGUUAGUAUUGUUAUGUUUACAUGUGUUGUUCUUCUGUUUGUGUUCAAAUAUCCGCUGCUGAAAUGGUUAAAACACAGCAACGCUGAAGCUAUGCGUUUCUAUCCGUUAGCCCGUCUGUGUUAGCAUUAAGCUCACGGACUUUUAAUGUGACAAGUGGCUGCCGUAUUUAUGGGAUUUUCUAAAAAAAAAAAAAAAAACAUGGAAUGCGCACUUCAAAUGACACUAAAAUCCUUCUUAACACUGAAACAUUUCAGGUAAUCAGAGAAGGGGUUCCCAAAGUAGCAGGGGAAACAAAAAGUUGAAGAAUAUAUGUUGAAAUGUAAUGAGGUUUUACUGUUUGACUCUACAGGUAUGCGCAACAUACAUCACCAUUCGGCAAAAGGGGUCUAAAUACUUCCUCCCGGUUCAGUUGAUUGGGAAGGGGGCUGUGACACAGCAGCAAUAGCGAUAUCUGCAAUGUCUUUUUUUGUCACCACAGAGCCACCAAAGACGACAACAUUGGAUGUUCAGGCUUUGUUCGUGUUUACAUAUAUUUGUAGACAUAAAUGAUAUAAAUGUUUAAAAUUUUUGUCCGAAGACACUAGCCAUAAAGAAAACACAAUUUUAGCAAUUUUAGUUUGGCUUCAAACAAUUAUGUAAUCAAACCGUAGUCAUGCUCGUUAGCUUAGCAUAGCAAUCAGCUAUUCCGUUUUCCAAGUUUGGUCACAUGAAGUUCCACGUACAGCUGGUUUAAAGACUUAUUUAUUUAUUUAAACCAGAUUUUCUAUUGCCGACACCACACACACACACACACACACACACAAAAACUCAAAACGGCAAUUUUUUUUCCGACCCAUUAUCCGAUUUUCCAAAUUCCUGGUGUGUUGUACUCUGAAUGAAGCGGACAUUCCGACCAGAGUUACUGUGACAGACUUUUGAGAACUCUUGUCAAAUUGUUGCUGGGUGAGGCAGGAAACAGCUUAAAACCUCUUUUUUAGAAUAAUUAUUCCGUAUCUGCCAAACUGUUGCUUGUUGUGAAGUCAGGUGAGUUCACUGCCACCAUACAGUGCUCAAAUCUAAAAUUUUUGCCCUCAAGUCAAAGCAAAAAAUAAAUCUUAUGGACCGCUUGUAUCUUGAAAACCCGUAAGCCGGAUCACCUGUAGCUUGAGGCACCACUGUAAUUGCUGAUAUAAUACAGUGGUACGUUGACUUACGAGCCAUUGCUUGAUGAAUUUUUUGCAUUGUAUUGUGAGCCCAAAUUUGAAGUACGAACGAGGUCAACUGAUCACCACCUGGUGGUGAGUUGGCUCCGAUGGUGAUGGAAAAUGCCGGUCCGACGUGGUAGGCCCAUACGUAUUGUGAGGGUCUGCUGAGAACGUAUGGCAGAAUCCCCUGUCAGAAGGAGCUUCAACUCCCACCUCUGACAGAACUUUGCUCAUGUUCCGGGGAAGGCAGGGGACAUCGAGUCCGCGUGGACCAUGUUCCACGCUUCCAUUGCUGAGGUGGCCGACCGGAGCUGUGGCCGUAAGCUGGUCGGUGCCUGUCGUGGGGGCGAUCCCCGAACCCGUUGGUGGCUCAGCGGUGAUGGAUGCCGUCAGGAGUCCUAUCUGGCCUUUUUGGCCUGUGGGACUCCUGAGGCAGCUGAUGGGUACCGGCUGCCCAAGCGGAAUGCAGCUUUGGUGGUCGCUGAAGCAAAAACUCUGGUAUGGGAGGAGUUCGGUGAGGCCAUGGAGAAAGACUUCCGGACGGCUUUGAGGAAAUUCUGGUCCACCAUCCGGCAUCUCAGGAGGGGGAAGCAGUGCACCAUCAACACUGUAUAGUGGGGAUGGGGCACUGCUGACCUCGACUCGGGACGUUGUGAGUCGGUGGGGAGAAUACUGCGAAGACCUCCUCAAUUCCACCGACACGCCAGCUCUACACCCUCGGCAGGGUCCUCGAGGGUGCACGGGAGUUCGCCCAACCAGUCACUAUAACAUUAUGGACAGUUUUGAGGAGAAUAGAGUUACCUAAUGAUUCCAUUAAAUUUAUUGCACACAAGUUAAAUAAAAAUUUUACCUAAAUGUUUAAAAAACAAACACUUCUAAAAGAUUAAAAGCAAAUGUAUUCAUCCUAAAAGUUAACUAGAACUGAACUGUACUUAAUAAAUUUGCUGUACUGAAUUCAAAAAAGUUUUAAGCCACUGUAACAUGAUGCACAGUUUGAACAUUUUAAGUAAUUCAGUGAUUCUUUCAUAUACCAUUACAGGCAGCCCACGUAACCAGUGGGACUUGUACCACAGUAUGAGAACCACUGACCUAGGUCAUUGAAUAGUUUCAGACGAAUGUGUGUUUUUCAGAAAAAAGCAUUCAACAAACAGUAAGAGUUCAGUUACCUCAAUUCAACCUUUUUAUUGUCUAACAUAUAAAAAUAAAGUACAAAACUUUGAAAGAUAUAAUACAGUAACGUAUGAAAAUUAACAAUAAAACAAUUGAAUGUAUCAGCUGAUGACCCCCCCACACACAUACACGUCACACAAUUCAACAUAUCAGUAAAUACAAAAAAAAAAAAAAACGAAUGGAAAUAAUCAACACAAA